AUGAUCCAUCUCGUUUCUUUCCUCUAUCUGAUUGUCAACGUCCCAACAAGCUGGCAGAUCAUCAGUGGAUAUCUGCUUGGCCUAUUCUCAAGCAUCCUUUCCUAUCGACUGUUCUUUCAUCGCCUCAAUGGCUUCCCUGGUCCACGGUGGGCCAGUGUGUCCAAGAUUUGGCACUUGUGGAAGACACGACGCUCUCAGAACCACUUCUUCAUGGCUAAGCUGCAUGCUCAGUAUGGGGACUUUGUGCGAACGGGUCCCAGCGAGAUCACUGUCUUCCACCCUGAUGUCUUCAUGGCUGUGGAUGGCCCCCGAAGCAAGUGUAUGAAGGGCGAAUGGUAUGAUCUGCUGCACCCAGAUAGGUCUCUUGUGAAUGCACGCACAAGUGAUAUCCAUCGGCCUCGCCGCCGGGUGUGGAUGCAAGGGUUUACGUCGAAAGCACUCGUCGGCAAAGAAGAACAGACCCUUGGCUUGAUUGAACAGAUGGAUCAAUGCAUCCAGGACGACAUGGCAGCCGGCCGAAGCUCCAAUGUUACCGAUAUGAUCUACUGGCUCAGCUUCGACCGCAUGGCGCAGUUCGUCCUGGGCAAGAAAUUCAAUAUGCUCACCAACCCUGACUGGCGGUUCGCCAUUCGCACUGUGCAAAAGGCCUUGUCAAUUUUGGGACCCUUGAGCCCGGCACCCUGGCUUGUGCAGAUUGUCCUACGGCUGCUGCCUCGCGUGUGGAUCCUCAAGGACUGGUUUCGCACGAUGGCCAUGACGAAGGGAGAGUUGCGAAAUGUCAAGGUACCCACCGAUAUGUCUAAAGCCACAUCCUUGGGUGCCUUCCUCAUGGAAAGCUCUCAGAAGGACAGCACCCAAGAUCAAUGGUUAGGCGGAGACAGCCUGUUGGCAUUUGUCGCAGGCAGCGAUCCAACGGCUGGCAUUCUGCAUGGUCUUUUCUACGAACUGGCGCGACACCCUGAGCAAGCCGACCUCAUCUACCGCGAACUCCAGCAGCUGCAGCCAGAAGAGCUAAGCGAUGUCAACGCCGUGCGACGAUGCAAGCAUCUCGAAGCCGCGAUCUUUGAGUCACUGCGCCUCUAUCCUUCCCUGCCAACGGGCGGGAAUCGCAAGACUCCCGCCAACGAGGGCAUUACUGUCGCUGGGGUCUACAUUCCCCCGGAUACCACGGUGGUCGCACCCCGAUUUUGCAUUUCACGUCCGUCCAAAUGUUGUGCCAAGAAGGCUAAUCCCACGACAGGCGAAGACUGCUAUGUGAAGCCCAACGAAUUCAUUCCCGAGCGCUGGACAACCCGGCCUGAGUUAGUGCUUAACCGAUCAGCGUUCGUUCCUUUCGGCACUGCCUUCCGGAGCUGCCUUGGGCGCGGACUCGCAAUGAACGACAUGAUGCUGAUUGGAGCACACAUGAUCCAACACUAUCGCAUGAGCUUCCCUGCAGGAGAAACAGGCGACCGUGUGUUUAAUGAUUGGAAGGACCAAUUCACUUCGUGCUUGGGCCGGUUGGAGUUGAGAUUCGAGAGACGGACUGCCUAA